GAGAGCGGUGCGGCGGCGGCGGGCGGAGGAGGAGGAGGAGGAGGAGGAGGCGGCAGCCCCCGACGGCCCCGACGGCCGCGGCCAUGGCAGAGUCCGGAGCCCCCUCGGGCGGCGACAAAGCGCCCCGGCUCCAGGACCGGGUCCUGGCCGGGAUGCGCUGGGGCCGCCUCCAGGAGCCGCUGGGCUUCGUUAAGGUGCUGGAAUGGCUCUUUGCCAUCUUUGCUUUCGGGGCGUGCGGAUCUUUCAGCGGUGAGAGCGGGGCCACGGUGAAGUGCAACGAUGAAAGCCAAGGGAUGACUGCCAUUUCUGUGCAGUUCGGGUACCCGUUCAGGUUGCACCAGGUCCUCUUCGAGAUGCCCAAGUGCGACAGCGAGUCGGAGGCGCGCAUGCUGCACCUGGUGGGCGACUUCUCCGCCCCCGCCGAGUUCUUUGUGACCCUGGGGGUCUUCUCCUUCCUCUACGCCAUGGCGGCUCUGGUGCUCUACCUGCGCUUUCAUUCCCUUUACGCCGACAACAAGAAGCUCCCGUUCACGGACUUCUGCGUCACCGUCUGCUUCGCCUUCUUCUGGCUGGUGGCGGCGGCGGCGUGGGGCAAAGGGCUGAGCGACGUCAAGGCGGCCACGAGGCCGUCCAGCCUCAUCGCAGCCAUAAGUGUGUGCCAGAACAACGAAGCGGUGUGCAACGCCGGCGCCACGCCGGCCAUGGGGCUGGCCAACAUCUCCGUGGUGAGCACGGGGGGGUGGGCAGCACGUGGGGGGGCUGUGCGUGGGUUCGGUGUGUGCAUGCAUACGUGGCUGCAUGCAUGUGCGUGUGCACAUGUGAGUAUCUGCGUGCACGUGGGGUACGUGCCCCAUAUAGUGAUGUGUAUGGAUAUGGGUGUCCUGCCCCAUAUAGAGGUGUGUAUGGCCGUGGGUGUCCUGCCCCAUUUAGAUGUACUUAUGGCCAUGGGUGUCCUGCCCCAUAUAGAGGAGUGUAUGGCCAUGGGUGCCCUGCCCCAUAUGGAGGUGAAUAUGGCCAUGGGUGUCCUGCCCCAUAUAGAGGUGAAUAUGGCCAUGGGUGUCCUGCCCCAUAUAGAGGUGUGUAUGGCCACAGGUUUCCUGCCCCAUAUAGAGUUGAAUAUGGCCAUGGGUGUCCUGCCCCAUUUAGAUGUACUUAUGGCCACGGGUGUCCUGCCCCAUAUGGAAUUGAAUAUGGCCAUGGGUGCCCUG